UAAUCCAAUAUCAAUGCGCGCUCACAGCACUACGAGUCCAGCGAACUCCCGGCCGUGCUCCCCGCAAGACGAUGACAUAUCCGUCACCGCUUCAAUGAGUCCUCCUCCAGACGAACGGCCGGGAGCGUUCACCUCCGUCACCAGACCAAGAAAACCCCUGCAGCCACUACCGGCUCCGUCGAGUUUAUUCCACAGUGCAUUAGCCGCUCAAUUAUUCCUAAAUUCCCCUUUACUCCCCACCCCGCCAGCGUGGUUGUAUUCGCAACUCUACGGCGGCUACGACUGGUGGCUGCGACCGCCUGCGCCCCAAGAGGAUCCCAGCUCGAGCCCAGACCGGGAAGAAGAGAGCUCUACGCCUUCGGUUGCGGGUAAAAAACGUCCCGCGUCCCCAGAGUGGUCGGACCAAAGCGUUCGGACGCGAAGCAAGUCGCUUACGACGCCCGAGAAAAGACCUGUCGAUGUCUGGCGCCCGUAUUGAGCUAGUAAUGUUUAUGUAUAAACAUAAAGAAAUCGGUUAAUAGGCCGUCCGAAGUAUACCGUGACAGUGAACUGAAUGUGUCGUGUUUUAAAGAUAAA